AUGGCAGAUUACAACUAUGGAGGCUCUGAGGAGGAAAAUGCGGAGUUGAGGAAACUUGAGGCCGAGUUGGUUGAUGACCCGGAUAACUUCGAGACCUGGGAACGACUGGUUCGCGCUGGUGAGGCGCUUGAAGGAGGAAUCAACCGCAACUCCAACCCUCAAGCUAUCACCACUGCCCGGAAUGUCUAUGACAGAUUCCUCGCCAAGUUUCCACUAUUAUUCGGAUACUGGAAGAAAUAUGCCGACCUAGAAUUCUCUAUUACCGGAACGGAGGCAGCAGACAUGGUUUACGAACGAGGUGUUGCCAGCAUCUCUCCAUCCGUCGACCUUUGGACCAACUAUUGCUCCUUCAAGGCAGAGACUUCCCAUGAUGCCGACGUCAUUCGAGAGCUAUUUGAGCGUGGAGCUAGCAGUGUUGGCCUAGAUUUCCUUGCACAUCCAUUCUGGGAUAAGUAUAUCGAGUUUGAGGAGCGAGUGGAAGCCUUUGACAAGAUUUUUGCCAUUCUUGGUCGUGUCAUCCACAUCCCAAUGCAUCAAUACGCUCGUUACUUUGAGCGCUAUAGGCAGCUCGCACAGACUCGUCCGGUCGUAGAGCUAGCCCCUCCAGAGACACUGUCUCAAUUCCGUGCGGAGCUUGAUGCUGCUUCCGGACAGGUUGCCCCGGGCGCAAAGGCCGAGGCCGAGGUCGAGAGGGACAUCCGACUGCGUGUUGAUAGUCACCAUCUCGAAAUCUUCUCCAAGACACAGACGGAAACCACAAAGCGUUGGACAUAUGAGUCCGAGAUCAAGCGUCCAUACUUCCAUGUGACUGAGCUGGAUGAGGGUCAGCUGUCCAACUGGAGAAAAUACCUGGACUUUGAGGAGACCGAGGGUUCAUACCCACGUACUCAGUUCCUGUAUGAGCGCUGUCUGGUCACGUGCGCCCACUACGACGAGUUCUGGCAACGCUAUGCCCGGUGGAUGGCUGCACAGCCCAGUAAGGAGGAGGAAGUGCGGAACAUCUACCAACGCGCAAGCUAUCUGUAUGUGCCGAUUGCCAACCCGGCUACUCGCCUUCAAUAUGCCUACUUCGAGGAGAUGUCAGGACGGGUAGAUGUAGCCAAAGAAAUUCACGGCGCCAUCCUCAUUCAUCUCCCCAAUCACGUUGAAACAAUUGUAUCUCUGGCCAAUAUGUCUCGCCGUCACGGUGGCCUCGAAGCCGCAAUUGAGGUGUACAAGAGUCAGCUCGACUCGCCGCAAUGUGACUUGGCCACCAAGGCGGCUCUCGUUGCGGAAUGGGCCCGGCUCCUGUGGAAGAUUAAGGGCUCGGCAGAGGAGGCCCGGCAGGUAUAUCAACAGAACCAACAGUUCUACCUUGACAGCCGGCCAUUCUGGACGAGUUAUCUUACAUUCGAGCUGGAGCAGCCCACAAGCUCCGAGGCGGAGAAUGUCCAAUACGAGCGCAUUAAGCAAGUUAUCGAUGACAUCCGGUCUAAGAGUACUCUUACUCCAGAUGCUGUGAAAGAACUAGUGCAGAUCUAUAUGGUCUACUUGCUUGAGCGAGGGACCAAGGACGCGGCGAAGGAGUACAUGACUCUGGAUCGCGAAGUCCAUGGCCCAGCAUCUGUUGCUCAUGCAAAGACCGGCGCCGCGGCCCAAGCCCAAGCCCAAGCCCUAGCCCAAGCUCAAGCUCAAGCGCCUCCAAGCGCUAACCAAGCUACCCCCGCCCCUGAACCCCCCGCGGCUCCCACACCGCAGCCCAACCCCUACGCUUACUACCAACAAGCCCCCGUCAAUGGCACUGCAGCUGCCUAG